GGUUGGCACAAAGUGUGACAUGCUGCUGCCCAACGAACAGGGCCAACUGGACACACUGAUGAGGGCGUCGCAGCAGUGCUUGUUCCUAUACACAACCCCGUCAAUGAACGCACUCGGUGGUUCGAAGGCAACUUUGUAUGGCUCGAAUGUCACAGAUGGUACCGGGACGGAUAGCGGGACAGGUGGUCCGGAAGAGUGGGAUAUGGUCAAUGAUGCCGAAGAAGUUAGUGAGCAUUCUCGAGCGGAAGAUAAAAAUAGCACCCAAUCAAAACACCGAAAGGAGAGUGCGGAGCUUUCCGCGGGAGAGAUCGAGGACCAUUCGGAAAGAGUCAUUGGGCGACGUACCCGGGGAAAGCAUGGCAAGAAGAAACAUAGAAGUGUUGUGGAUGACGUUGUGCCGAUGGAUGGCGGGGAUGAAAGCGAUGACAAAAAGGUGUCAGGUGGUAAUGGUGACACGGCGGUGCCCGUUGAGAAGGUCUCAGUUGCCAAUGUAGAUGCAGGUGCUGGUAAGGGCCGGGCUAUUGCGAGGUCGGUGACUGGUGAGGAAGAGGCAGGAGAGACAGUGGUAGACACAGCAGGCAGCGUACCGAGAGGGGUUAGAAGUAGUGUUGACGGGGUAAAGGUAAGGAUAAGUGAACCAGAGAAGGAGUUGGAUAGUAUAGUUAGUAGUGGAGUUCGCGGGGCUAGUGACGGGAGUGGGGUGGGUGCUAUUGUGGGCAGUAAAACUGUAGGUAGUACUCACAGCGAUGCGAAUGUAGGCGAUGCUGUUGUAGGUGGUAAUAAGGUGGCUGCAUCUAAUGUAGGUACCGUUUACGACGGCGUUGUGGUUGCCACGGGCAACGGCGAAAGGGUUAGCAGCGGCUGUGCGGAUGCUAAGUACUCAAAUAUUGACGACUCCCAUUCUGAGAAGAAACAUUCAGAUCAAGAUACUUUAAGUAGGAGCCAAUCAAAUGACUGUAUUAUAAGUGAGAACCAAUCAGAUCACAGUAUAUCAAGCAAGGACCAGUCAGCUCAGAGCAGUGCUGAUGACGUGGACCAAAGGAGGCGAAGUGAGCAUUCUGACGAUUCAGGCAGUGAGGACAAUGAAGAUGGGAAGGUGCUGAGCGAAGGAGAACACAACGCAAUCGGAGAAUCAGAGG